UUAUAGCGGGACUGCGGCAGGGCAUUCUGACACUGGGGGGGGCGGGGAACUGACUUGGUGUCACUGACAUCCUCAAUGACACCAAUACAGUCAUCAGUGCUAAUAAAAAGCCCUGACACACUGUACUAAUGGCACUGGGCAGGAAGGGGUUAACAUGUGGGGCCAUCAAAGGGUUAACUGUGUGCUGGGUGUGUUUUACUAUGGGGCGGGGUCUGUGUACUUCACUGUAAGCACACAGCUUUUCAUGGCUGUGCUGUGCCUCAGCCAUACAAAGCAGUGUGCAGGAGCUGAC